CCUUCGUCCUCGUCCUCGUCCUCGUCAGCUAAAACCAUCGCAAUGUCAGUAACUGGUGACCGCCUCUUGAUUCUCCCGACUCCUCCACGCGCUUCCUUCAUCUCAACACCUCGCUUCUCCCGCCUCCCGCUGAACCGUCCUCGUACCGGUUGCAUCACCUCCGUCAAUCGCUUCCGCGUCUUACCUCUGAGUCGUCAAUGGAAUCCGAUCGUCUCAACUCGCCGCCGACUCUUUCCCGUUCGUGCAAUCGACUCAGACCUCCCACACCAGAACAAAGAAUACGAAGAAUGGGACUCAUGGACAGCCAAAUUCUCCGGCGGAGCCAACGCCCCGUUUCUGAUGCUGCAGUUGCCACAGAUCAUCCUCAAUUCCCAGAAUCUUCUCGCCGGCAACAACACCGCCCUCUCCGCCGUCCCAUGGCUGGGGAUGUUGACUGGUUUGUUAGGGAACCUUUCGUUACUUUCUUAUUUCGCUAAGAAGAGAGAAAAAGAAGCUGCUGUGGUGCAAACCCUUGGAGUCGUCUCUACUUACGUUGUCCUUGUCCAGCUCACGAUCGCUGGAGCCAUGCCUGUGGAGUGUUUUGCUGCUACUUCUUCCGUUGUGGCGGUUGGUCUGGUGUUGAAUUGUUUGUUCUGUUUCGGUAAGAUUGGGACAGCUGUGUGGGGAUUGUGGGAAGACUUUAUCACUGUUGGUGGGCUCUCUGUUCUUCCUCAAAUCAUGUGGUCCACUUUUGUCCCUAUGGUACCGAACAGUAUCUUGCCGGGAACAACUGCUUUUGUUAUUGCUGUAGCGGCUGUGAUUAUGGCUCGAACCGGGAAACUCCCAGAGGAAGGUGUUAGAUUUGUUGCUUUAUCUGGAUGGACAGCGACACUUAUGUUCAUGUGGAUGCCAGUUUCCCAAAUGUGGACAAACUUAAACCCAGACAACAUAAAAGGCUUAUCACCAAUCACAAUGGUACUUGCGAUGAUGGGGAACGGGCUUAUGAUCCCACGAGCGCUAUUUAUCCGCGAUCUGAUGUGGUUCACCGGUUCAAUAUGGGCGACUCUCUUUUAUGGAUAUGGAAACAUUCUGUGCUUAUACAUGUUAAACUGCACCAGCAAGUCAUUCUUUGCGGCGGCCACGAUUGUUUUGAUCUCAUGGAUAGGACUUGCUUUGUGGAGAGAUGCAAUAGCCUAUGGUCACAACUCGCCGUUUAGAUCACUAAAGGAGCUGGUGUUUGGGCCAUAACUCGACAGAGAUGAAACGCCGUUUACUUCAAGCUAGCAAGUACAUAGGGAUUGGAUUACUUGUUUGUGUCAAGGACCAAGUCCAUUACAUUAUGUCCAAGUUCCUGUAUAUAAAACGCAUACUCAAUGCUUAGUUGCUUACUAUUAUUACUUUCAUUGAAUCAUACUAAUGUACUAAUAAUAAUAGUUUCCAUUGGUUUUA